CUUCCUUUCUGCAGGCCGUUGGGGCUAUUUAAGGGGGGCGCCGGAGCCGGAGCCGCACAGUUGCCGGUCCUGGUGCGCAGCGUGCAGCCGUCAUGGUCAGCCACCUGCAGCUCAACAACGGCGCCAAGAUGCCCAUCCUGGGCCUGGGCACCUGGAAGUCCCCUCCCGGCCAGGUGACUGAGGCCGUGAAGGCUGCCAUUGACAUUGGGUACCGCCACAUUGACUGUGCCCAGGUGUACCAGAAUGAGAAGGAGGUGGGAAUGGCCCUCCAGGAGAAGCUCAAGGAGCAGGUGGUGAAACGCCAAGACCUCUUCAUCGUCAGCAAGCUGUGGUGCACGUUUCACGACAAGAGCAUGGUGAAAGGAGCUUGCCAGAAGACGCUCAGUGACCUGCAGCUGGACUACCUGGACCUCUACCUUAUUCACUGGCCAACAGGUUUCAAGCCCGGGCCUGAUUACUUCCCACUGGACGAAUCAGGAAAUGUGAUUCCCAGUGAGACUGAUUUUGUGGACACUUGGACGGCCAUGGAACAGCUGGUGGAUGAAGGUUUGGUGAAAUCCAUUGGUGUCUCCAACUUCAACCCUCUUCAGAUUGAGAGAAUCUUAAACAAACCCGGCUUAAAAUAUAAGCCUGCGGUUAAUCAGAUUGAAUGCCACCCGUACCUAACUCAGGAGAAGCUGAUUGAGUACUGCCAAUCCAAAGGCAUCGUGGUGACCGCGUACAGUCCCCUUGGCUCUCCUGACAGGCCCUGGGCCAAGCCUGAAGACCCUUCUCUCUUGGAGGAUCCCAGGAUUAAGGCAAUUGCAUCCAAGUACAAUAAAACAACAGCUCAGGUGCUGAUCCGGUUCCCCAUACAAAGGAACUUGGUGGUGAUCCCCAAGUCCGUGACACCAGCAAGAAUUGCUGAGAACCUGAAGGUCUUUGACUUCGAGCUGAGCAAGGAGGAUGUGACCACUCUACUCAGCUACAACAGGAACUGGAGGGUGUGUGCCUUGAUGAGCUGUGCUAAACACAAGGAUUACCCCUUCCACGCAGAAGUCUGAAGCUUCGGAUGCCUGCUCUCUCCCACGAGACUUGCACCUGCUCUUCCUGUUUCAUCUGUCCUUGUGGGUGUAGUGUAGACUGUGUCCCUCUGCACUGUGUGGAACCUGGAAGAUCAGACAACGAGGGUCUGUUAGUUUGAUGUAGUCUCCAGAGAGCAUUAUCAGUAGCUGAGUGAUUUUCUUCAGCCUUUCUUGAUCUUUCUUCUUACCCACCUGGAAAAUGUUUAACACAAGUACCCUUUCCAACCAAAGAGAAGCAAGAUUUAUAGUCCAAGUAGUGCCACUAACAGUUAAGUUUUGAGUGCUCAGAGCUGUAGUCUUUGGGUCAGUCUUCUCUUUGCUUCAAAUAAAAACUGCUUUUGUGAA